ACGAAAGGGCAAACAUAUCAACAUCAACAACCAUCGCACGUGCGUACGCUGUACUCUACACGCUUCUGCACUAGGAAAAGGUUGAAAUUUCCAUCGCUGCUAAGUUGUAUUAAUAAAUCUGUGUGCAACAAAGUGUACGUUUCUCGUAGAAAAAGCGCAACCCGAAGAUGUCGAAUGUGGACGAUUUGUUCAGUGUGUUUGACGAGCAGAACGACGACGACAAUGGGCCCGUGCCGGUGGUCGAACCAGCGUCCUCGGCACCGGCCAAGCAGCCAAGCAACGAUGCGGCGACCAGCAAGAAAAGAGAGUCAACAACCGCAGCUCCUAAGCGUGAGCUGGAGGUGGUGGAUGUGCUGAGCGACGAGGAACAGGUGGCGAAAAAGGCAAAGGUGGAAUCGAUACUGGACGAUAUUAACUUGGACAACAUUGAAAGCCGCAUCAAGGUACACACGAUACAGUCGCCGGAGGCAUGCACACACGAGGUGGCCGUUUACCCGGACCAGAAGUACAUGCCGCUCGCACCGGCCACCGGUAAACCGGCGAAAGAGUACGCCUUCGUGCUGGAUCCGUUCCAGAAGGAAGCGAUCCUGUGCAUCGAAAACAAUCAGUCCGUGCUGGUGUCCGCUCACACGUCCGCCGGCAAGACGGUGGUGGCCGAGUACGCGAUCGCGAAAUCGCUCGCGGACAAGCAGCGCGUCAUCUACACCACCCCGAUUAAGGCACUUUCGAACCAAAAGUAUCGCGAGUUUCACGAAGAGUUCAAGGACGUCGGUCUGGUGACGGGCGACGUGACGAUCAAUCCGAGCGCCUCGUGCCUGAUCAUGACGACGGAAAUUCUGCGCAACAUGCUGUACCGUGGGUCGGAGAUUAUGCGCGAGGUCGGUUGGGUGAUAUUCGACGAAAUCCAUUACAUGCGCGACAAAGAGCGGGGCGUGGUGUGGGAGGAAACGCUGAUCCUGCUGCCGGACAAUGUGCAUUACGUGUUUCUGUCCGCCACGAUACCGAAUGCGCGCCAGUUCGCCGAGUGGGUGUGCCAUCUGCACAAGCAGCCGUGCCACGUGGUGUACACGGACUAUCGGCCGACGCCGCUGCAGCACUACCUGUUUCCGGCCGGUGGCGACGGGAUACAUUUGGUGGUGGACGAGCGAGGCCAGUUUAAGGAGGACAACUUUAACACGGCAAUGAACGUGCUGCAAACGGCGGGCGAAGCGGCCAAGGGUGAUCAGAAGGGCAGGAAGGGUGGCCUGAAGGCUUCGAAUGCGGGCGAAACGAACAUCUUCAAGAUCGUGAAGAUGAUCAUGGAGCGCAGCUUUGCGCCGGUCAUCAUAUUCUCGUUCAGCAAGAAGGACUGCGAGGUGUACGCGAUGCAGAUGGCCAAGCUGGACUUUAACUCGAGCACGGAGAAGAAGCUGGUGGACGAGGUGUUUAACAACGCGAUGGACGUGCUGACGGAGGAGGAUCGUCAGCUGCCGCAGGUGGAGAAUGUGCUGCCACUGUUGCGCCGCGGCAUCGGCAUCCAUCACGGUGGGCUGUUGCCCAUACUGAAGGAAACGAUUGAAAUCCUGUUUGGCGAAGGGUUGAUAAAGGCACUGUUUGCGACGGAAACGUUCGCGAUGGGGCUGAACAUGCCGGCCCGCACGGUGCUGUUCACUAGCCCGCGCAAGUUCGACGGCAAAGACUUCCGCUGGGUGACGUCGGGCGAGUACAUCCAGAUGUCGGGCCGGGCGGGACGACGCGGUCUGGACGACAAGGGUAUCGUUAUCUUGAUGAUCGACGAGGCCGUGUCGCCCGCGGUCGGCAAGGACAUUGUGCAGGGCCGGGCGGAUCCGAUCAAUUCCGCGUUCCACCUGACGUACAACAUGGUGCUGAACUUGCUGCGCGUGGAAGAGAUCAACCCGGAGUACAUGCUGGAACGGUCGUUCUUCCAGUUUCAGAACCAAUCGUCCAUACCGGAAAUUUACAAGCGCGUGCAGAAAAAACAGAAGCAACUGCUGGCGGUAGAGAUCAAGGACGAGCAGUCGAUCAUCUCGUACCACCACGUGCGGGAGCAGCUCGAUCGGCUGGGGCAGGAGUUCCGCGAGUACAUCACGCGGCCGGUCUAUUUGGUGCCGUUCCUGCAGCCGGGACGCAUGAUAAAGAUUCAAUCGGACGCGGGAGAGUUCGAGUGGGGCAUUAUCGUGAACUUUAAGAAGGAGAACGCUGACUCGAAGCAGAAUCCACUCAAGACGGAGCAGAAGGUGGUCAUCGAUGUGUUACUGCACGUGGCCGAUGGGUUCGAGAAGGAGGGCAUCCCCAAACCGUGCCCACCGGGCAAGCGCGGCUCGGUCGAGGUCGUUCCGGUGCUGCACAAGCUCGUGUCGCGCAUUAGCUCGCUGCGCGUUUACUACCCGAACGAUCUGCGCCCGGCGGACAAUCGCCGCUCGGUGCUGAAAACGAUCGAGGAGGUGAAGAAGCGUUUCCCGCAGGGUCCGCCACUGCUGAACCCGAUCACCGAUAUGCACAUCAAGGAGAAGGAGUUCCAGGGCAUAGUGGACAUGAUCGAUAAGUUCGAGAAGCGCCUGUUCGCCCACCCGCUGCACGAGUCGGCCGGGCUCGAGCGGCUGUACGCGCAGUACAUGAGCAAGCUGGAGCUGGAGAAGGAGCUGCGCAACGAGAAGAAUGCGCUGCGUGAAGCGCGCAGCCUGCUGCAGAUGAGCGAGCUGAAGCACCGGAAGCGGGUGCUGCGACGAUUGGGCUACUGUACGGCGGCGGACGUGAUCGAGUUCAAGGGGCGCGUUGCGUGCGAGCUGAGCUGUGCGGACGAGCUGCUCAUCACCGAGAUGGUGUUUAACGGUACGUUUACCGACCUGACGCCGUCGCAAUCGUGCGCCCUGCUGAGCUGCUUCGUGUGCGAUGAGAAGAGCAACGAAAUGCCGGCAGCGACCCACGAGCUUUCCGGUCCGCUGCGGCAGAUGCAGGAUCUGGCGCGACGCAUUGCGAAGGUGUCGAACGAGUGCAAGGUGGAGGUGGACGAGGAGCGCUACGUGGAGUCGUUCAAACCUUUCCUGAUGGAUGUGGUGCUGUGCUGGUGCAAGGGCGCCUCGUUCGCGCAGCUCUGCAAGAUGACGGACAUCUUCGAGGGCUCCAUCAUUCGCUGUAUGCGCCGGCUGGAGGAGCUGCUGCGCCAGAUGGUGCAGGCGUCGAAAACGAUCGGCAACACGGAUCUGGAGAAUAAGUUCUCCGAAGCGAUCCGGUUGCUGAAGCGUGAUAUCGUGUUUGCCGCCUCGCUCUACUUGUAGAGUUAGUGGACAAGGAGGGGGGGGGGGCAGUGUACGAGGAUGAUUGGGUAUGAUGAAGGACGAAUGUAAUAAAAGAUAAAUAAAUGAAUAAAGGAUAAGAAGA